UCAGCUACAUGCCGACUCCAACAAUUUCUUCCGAAAGAGCCAUGCGACGUAGCCAGAAAGAACUUCUGAAGAAUUAUGUUGAGGGUGAAAUGGUUGCUCUGCAAUUUUCGAGCUCCAAAGCAGAUGCAAUUGCUGGUUAUAUUCUUCAAGAUGCACCCUUUGUGAGAAUAAAUGAUGUUUGCACCAUGAUCUUCGACUACCUUGACCGACUGGAUCUGACAAACUCACUCACGUGGCAUAACGGCGUAAUCCCGGAUAAUGAAAUAUGGGUGAAGUUCGGCGGGGACAAGGGUGGAUCAUCGUUCAAAAUGGCCUUCCAAAUCAUCAAUGUAGUUCAUCCCAACAGCUUAAAGAACACAGUCACUUGUGCAUGCUUUUGUGGAGAUGACAGCUACUACAACCUGAUGAAAACUCUUCCUCGUGUAAUCGACCAAAUCAGUGAUCUUGCCAAUCUGGAAUGGAGAGGGCAUAAAUUUCGUCUUUUUAGCUUUGGCGAUUAUGCGUUCCUCACAAAGCUGUAUGGAGUAUGCAGCUCUAAUGCCCGAUAUUGCUGCAUUUACUGCAGAAUAAGCAAGAGUAAUAUGCAGCGACCACUAUGCGAGCGACAAGCGUCAUUUAGAAGGUCACUGCAGUCGAUCAAGGAGCAGCAUCAGCUCUUUGUUGAAGAUGGGCAGAAGAGAAGCAGGGCCAAGGAUGUGUCAUUUAGCAUAGUGAGCUCUCCUAUGCUCCCUGUUGAGCUUGAUUAUGUGAUCGUCCCUACACUCCACAUAUCCCUUGGAGUGUUUAAAAGGUUGUAUGACCUCUUCGAGCAAGCGUGCCAUGAGCUAGAUGUAGCCAUCCUGAAAGAGAGAGCCAUUGCCAGAGAUAUUGAUGACGACUUUGAGGACGAUUCAACGACCGACUUUGACAAGAAAGUUGAGAACGAGCUGUGCAGGAAGAGGACAAUCAAAAGAGAUCUUCAAGAAAAGCGAGAUCAACUUGAAGACCUCGAAGAGGACAUUCCCCUUCCCCUUCUAGACAACCAUCAUGGAGUCAACGUAUUGAGGGCAGACAUUGCUGAAAUGGAAAACAACCAGGGGACGACUGAACUGGAGUUUGGUACAGGGCCAAUUGCCAGUAGUUUGGACGGUGUGCUGAAAAAACAUAAAGUGAACAGACAGGCUUACCAUGGGAAGUCUUUCGUGGGAAACCACGUUAACAAGUGUUGUCAGAUACCCGUUAUAGAUGCCCUCACGUCUCAACCUCGACUGAUGACCGACCAACUCCCACUCGAUGAAUUGACUCUUGAAGCAUCUGCCACAAUAAGAAGGAAUUCGGCAGAAAUUGGUGUUAAAUUCCAUGAAGCGUUUUCUUGUUUCGCAGAUGUGCACAAAGCCAUAAACCACUGCAACCCUAUCACGCAAUCAGACAUGGAGCGAACAGACGUGUGCAUUAAACACUUCUUACGUGUGUAUCGUCGAUGCUUCCCUGAUGCCAGCAUUACACCUAAGCUGCAUAUGCUAGAGGAGCAUACCAUGGAGCAGCUGCGGCGAUUCAAGGUUGGUCUGGGGCUACUGAAUGAGCAAGGCGGUGAGCUUUUGCACACCGAGUUCAACAGAGCUGGACGAGCAGUGCACGGCAUGAAGGAUGAGCUCCAGAAGCUAAUGAGUAUCAUGCGACGACAUCUGACGACCACCUUUCCAGAAGUGCAUGCAGAAAUGAAGAAAUAG